AUGAGCAAUCCUUGUGAGUGCAGCAGGAGAAGGGCCAAGUUCAUCAUGCAGAUGCGUGGUAACUUUAAAGACAGCAUGGUCAUACCGGCGCGUCUUGUUGACCAUUUCGGAGGAAAGAUCUCUGGGACCAUCCGACUAGAAGCACCUAACGGACAGAUGUAUGUCGUUGGAGUUGCCAAGAAGAUGAACAGAUCGGUCCUGCAGUCUGGAUGGGAGGCGUUUGUUCGUGCAAAUCAGAUACAAGACAACUGUUACUUGAUGUUUCGUAACCUUGGAAUCUCCUGCUUCAAGGUCACCAUCUUUGAUUCCAAUGGCGAGGAGAGGAUCACGUGUCGUGCCGGGGCGAAAAUUUCUGCUCAUGUUAAAAAAGCGAGCACUUAUGGUGCUGAUAUUUCGAGCAGUUCCUUUGAUGGCGCUUCAGAUUCAGAAGGUAGAAAAUCAGGAAAGGCGCCUGCGGUAAAUUCUUCUUCAGAUGAAUCAUCAGCAGAAGAUAGUCUGUCCGAAGGCGAGUCUAUGGAGUCAGAUGAUCUUCAGGGGCUCUCAAAGGAUUAUGUCUUAGCAGGGCGAUGCCAUCUUACAGAAGAACAGGAGGAUGAAAUCAAGGAGUUUGUCGCGAAAAUUCGACCUGAAACCCCUGUGCUUGUGGUGAUGAUGAAGAAGACCAAUGUGAACCACUAUCCUAAUCUGGUAAUAUCUAAGGAUUAUGCACAUGCAUACUUUCCACACAAAACUCAAGUUGUCACACUCAAACUGCCUGGGAAGAGCAAGGCUUGGCCAUGCAAAUUCCGCAUCAGACCUGAUGGAAGGGGACGCAACCUUUCUUUGCGUGAAUUUGUCCAUGACAAUUGUGUUAAGAAGGGUGAUCUCUGCCUCUUUCAACCAAUGACAGAGGUUCAGUCAACAAGGUUCACCUUUAUGGUUCAUUUGCUUCGCAAAGUUGGAAGAACUGAUAUAUGUUCAAACCAAGGAGAAGACAGUCCAUCUGAAUAUGAAUCUACCCAGUCAGAUCAUCAGGAAACUUCCUCCGAGGUUCGCUAUAUAUUGUCAAGAAGGUGCCGACUUGAUGAAGAAGACGAGGUAGGAAUUGAUGCUCUUAUUGCUGAAAUUCAGCCUGAAAUUCCGUUGCUAGUGGUUCAAAUAAUGAAGAGCAAUGUCAAUGGACCACAACCCGCUCUGAUCAUCCCGAAGCGUUAUGCAGCUGCGCACUUUCCCACUGAAAGCCAAAACAUCAUACUUACCCUCCCAGGAGUGAAGAAGAAGUGGCAUCCCCUUUUUCACGUCAGGCGAGGCAACAUUGGGUACGUCCUCUAUGGGCGGUGGUUAGAGUUCGUCCGCGACAACCGUCUACGCGAGGGGGACAUCUGCCUGCUCCAGCCGAUUAACAGGGGUGAGGGGAGAAGGUUCAUGCUGAUGGUCCAUCUGCUUCCCAAAGCAAGACGCGCCGGCAAAUCCAAGGGUGGAGACGUCGUUCGUGGCUCGAAAAUUGGCGGAACGAGCAUGAAAGCCGCCUCGACGGCAUGUGUCAAGGACGAACCAGUCGACGGAGCAUCAGAUGGUUGUGACAGACCAGGAUAUGUGGUGCUAGGCUGCAGCGCCCGUUUAACCCAGGCGCAGGAGAGGGUGCUUGCAGAGAAGGUGAAGGCAGUCCGAUCUGAAGCGCCUAUUUAUGUGGCAGCCAUGGACAAGAGCAAUCUGAGGUCUGCCCUGGACUUGGGCACCACGGGACAUGCUGCUGCUGCCGACGGACGCCUUCCAGACGGGAAGCAGACGCUGACACUCCAUCAGGCCGGGUGGAGCAAGGCAUGGCGCGUGGAGAUGCGUCACAGGCGGAUGGUCCCGGCGGGAGGGUGGCGCGAGUUCGCCGCGGACAACCGCCUGCAGGCCGGAGACCUCUGCCUGCUGGAACCGGUGGUGGACAAGAGGCUUGCCAUGGCGGUCCACAUCAUACGCAGCGAGCAGUGCCGUUAG